CGGGCUGCUCCUCGGUGGUGCUUCCCGGAUCCGAGCCCAGACGGCGUCGGCUGCAGCGGCCUGGGCGCCGCGACCCUCGGCGGCCACAGGGGGACGGAGAGGAGAAGGAGGAGGAGGAGGAAGAGGCGGAGGCAGCGGCGGCGGCGGCGGAGGAGGAGGAGGAGAAGGAGGGUUCGCUCGCCUGUUCCGACGCAGACAUGGUGGACUGAUCCCCCGUGGGGCCGACAGCAGGGCUUCCCGAGGCGCCCCCCGCGCGUGGUCCCGCCGCGCCCCGCGCCCCGCAGCCCCGCGGCGGCCGGCCGGGCAGUCGCGUUCCCGCCGCGUCCCGCGCACGGUCCCUAUGGAGGCGCCGCUCGCCGGCGAGGCCGCCGACCAUGCCUAGGAGGGCCGGGAGCGGGCAGCUGCCGCUACCCCGGGGCUGGGAGGAGGCCAGGGACUACGACGGCAAGGUUUUCUACAUUGACCACAAUACCAGGAGGACCAGCUGGAUCGACCCCCGGGACAGGUUAACGAAGCCCUUGUCAUUUGCCGAUUGUGUUGGGGAUGAGCUACCGUGGGGAUGGGAAGCAGGCUUUGACCCCCAGAUUGGUGUCUACUACAUCGAUCACAUCAACAAAACCACACAGAUAGAAGAUCCAAGAAAACAAUGGCGAGGGGAGCAGGAGAAGAUGCUCAAGGACUAUCUCUCAGUGGCCCAAGAUGCACUUAGGACACAAAAGGAGCUGUAUCAUGUAAAAGAACAAAGACUGGCUUUGGCUCUAGAUGAAUAUGUACGAUUAAAUGAUGCCUAUAAGGAAAAGUCAAGUUCUCGCACGAGCUUAUUCUCAGGAUCUUCAUCCAGUACUAAAUAUGAUCCUGAUAUUUUAAAAGCUGAGAUCUCUACUACACGAUUAAGGGUUAAAAAGCUGAAGAGAGAACUCUCCCAGAUGAAGCAAGAACUACUCUAUAAAGAACAAGGGUUUGAAACAUUGCAACAAAUUGAUAAAAAAAUGUCUGGAGGCCAGAGUGGAUAUGAACUUAGUGAAGCCAAAGCCAUUCUUACUGAACUGAAAUCCAUCAGAAAGGCCAUUAGCUCAGGAGAAAAAGAAAAACAAGAUCUGAUGCAGAGUCUGGCUAAGCUGCAGGAGCGGUUUCAUUUGGAUCAGAACAUUGGCACCUCUGAGCCAGAUUUGAGAUCCAGUCCUGUGCAGUCUCAUUUAUCUGUCUCCAGACAGACACUUGAUGCCGGGUCGCAAACAAGCAUUUCUGGAGAUAUUGGAGUGAGAAGUAGAUCAAAUUUAGCCGAAAAGGUCAGGCUGAGCCUACAGUAUGAAGAAGCCAAAAGAAGCAUGGCCAACUUAAAAAUUGAACUGUCAAAGUUAGAUAGUGAGACCUGGCCCGGGGCGUUGGAUAUAGAGAAAGAGAAGCUGAUGCUGAUUAACGAAAAAGAAGAACUUUUGAAAGAGCUGCAGUUUGUCACUCCACAAAAGCGCACACAAGAUGAGUUGGAACGCCUGGAAGCUGAAAGGCAGCGGCUGGAGGAAGAGCUGCUGUCUGUGCGGGGUGCGCCCACCCGGGCCCUGGCCGAAAGACUGAAAUUGGAAGAGAGAAGAAAAGAGCUGCUACAGAAACUUGAAGAAACUACUAAAUUAACUACUUAUUUGCAUUCACAACUUAAAAGCCUCUCCGCCAGCACGCUGUCCAUGUCGUCCGGAAGCAGCCUGGGAUCCCUGGCGUCCAGCCGGGGCUCCCUCAACACCUCCAGCAGAGGCUCACUCAACUCCCUCAGUUCCAGUGAGCUCUACUACAGCAGUCCGGGGGACCAGCUAGACGUGGACUAUCAGUAUAAACUGGACUUCCUUCUACAGGAGAAGGGCGGUUAUAUUCCCUCCGGACCCAUCACCACCAUCCAUGAAAACGAGGUGGUCAAGUGCCCCAGUCAGCCUGGCCAGAGUGGACUCUGUGGGGCGACAGCCGCAGCCAACGGCCACACUCCUCCGCUGACGGAGGCCCCCAAGUCCGUGACAUCCCUGUCCUCGAGGUCCUCCCUGUCCUCCUUGUCCCCCCCGGGCUCUCCUUUGGUCUUGGAAGGCACGUUUCCCACGUCUUCCCAUGAUGCCUCUCUCCAUCAGUUCACGGCUGACUUUGAAGACUGUGAAUUGAGUAGCCAUUUUGCAGACAUUGGCCUCGGCGAGAGUCAGCUCCUGUCGGAUUCAGACUCUGGAGGAGCAUCCCAGGCUCUUUUAGAAGACAAAGGCCUUAACGAAUGUGCUAGGGAGCCAUUGUAUGAAGGCACAGCAGAUAUGGAAAAAUCAUUACCAAAAAGAAGAAUUCACAUACCUGGGGAGAAACCCGCUUGUGUGUCGGCUGCCGUAUCGGAUGAGUCUGUGGCUGGAGACAGCGGUGUCUAUGAAGCCUCCUUGAAGCAGCCUGGUGAAAUUGAAGAUGUUCCCUAUAGUGAAGAGGAUGUUGCCAUUGUGGAGACUGCCCAGGUGCAGAUAGGACUCAGAUACGAUGCAAAAAGCUCAAGUUUCAUGGUGAUUAUAGCACAACUCCGAAAUCUUCAUGCCUUCUUGAUACCUCAUACUUCAAAAGUGUAUUGUAGAGUUGCUGUCCUUCCCUCCUCAGCGGAUGUCAGCUGUCUGUUUCGAACAAAAGUCCAUGCACCAACAGAAUCUGUGUUGUUCAAUGACGUGUUCAGAGUGGCCAUUUCCCAAACAGCCUUGCAGCAGAAGACACUGCGAGUUGAUCUUUGUUCCGUCAGUAAACACCGCAGGGAAGAAUGCCUGGCUGGAACUCAAAUUAGCCUGGCUGACUUGCCAUUUUCCAAUGAGAUUUUCACACUGUGGUAUAAUUUGCUUCCUUCCAAGCAAAUGCCUUGUAAAAAGAAUGAAGAAGAAAACGAAGACUCUGUAUUCCAAUCAAACCAGCCGGUGGUAGAUUCCAUAGACUUGGAUGCAGUGUCAGCCUUACUUGCAAGAACAUCAGCCGAGCUAUUGGCUGUGGAACAAGAAUUAGCACAAGAAGAAGAGGAGGAAACAGGGCCAGCAGAAGAGCAACAGGAUCUAGAAGGAGAUUGGUUAACAAUGCUAAGAGAGGCCUCUGACAAAAUUGUGGCUGAAAAAGAGACUGCAGUUAAACUGGUAAAAGGCACUAGUUGUACAGAAGACUUAAGUUCAAGCACCAAUGUGCUGCAGAUGAGUGAAGAUAGCUGUCAGAAGGAAAAGGAGUGUGCCAAAGACUGUAGAAGUCAGCCACCGACUGGAAUUCCCACCCUGGUUGAUAAAGAGACAAAUACUGAUGAAGCAGUUCAUGACAGCGUGGCAGUUCGUCCCAAAGAGCGGAGCAGCCUGAGCUCUCGACAGCAUCCCUUCGUAAGGAGCAGCGUGAUCGUGCGCUCGCAAACCUUUUCCCCGGGUGAACGGAGCCAGUACGUCUGCAGGUUAAAUCGGAGUGACAGUGACAGUUCCACAUUGGCUAAAAAAUCACUGUUUGUGAGAAACUCCACUGAGCGGCGUAGCCUGCGUGUCAAAAGGACGGUUUGCCAGCCAGUCCUCAGAAGGACAGCCCAAGAAUGUCCUGUGCGCACAUCUCUUGACCUAGAACUGGACCUUCAGGCCUCUCUCACCCGCCAGAGCCGCCUCAACGACGAGCUGCAGGCCCUGAGGGACUUACGGCAAAAGCUGGAGGAGCUGAAAGCUCAGGGAGAGACGGACCUUCCCCCCGGUGUGCUGGAGGACGAGCGAUUCCAGAAGCUGCUGAAACAAGCCGAGAAGCAGGCUGAACAGUCAAAAGAAGAGCAGAAGCAAGACUUGAAUGCAGAGAAGUUGAUGCGGCAGGUCUCCAAGGACGUGUGUCGGCUCCGGGAGCAGAGCCGGAAGGUGCCUCGGCAGGUGCAGUCCUUCAGGGAGAAGAUCGCCUACUUCACCCGGGCGAAGAUCAGCAUCCCGUCCCUGCCAGCCGACGACGUGUGAGGAUGCGUGCCCCCGCGUGGCUUCUCGCCCGCUCCCUGUCCUCAGGAGGGCAGACACACGGAACGCCGCAUUUGAUUUUGUUUGAGAUCUCUUCUUUUCCUUUUUUUGUAACGUAACUGUCAACUCUUGAAGAGCUUGCGUUUCACACCAGAUUUUCAACAUGUUAAUUUGUAAAGUACUUUGAAUGUAACUCUUACAUGUUUAAGGAGGAAAAAAAAAUCAGCUAACAAAAGUGGGAGGAUCUGGUGCAGAUGUUGUAGAGAAUGAGUGUGGCGGGGCCGUGCGUGCGAGCGCAGCCGCAUCGUGCACCGAGCGGGCCGCAGAGACACCGGCCCGCCAGAGCUUCUCCUCCUCCUCCUCCUCCACUGCUAGGAGUAGACAAGCCGCCAGCAGCAGUGUGUGAUGGCCCACUGGGGUGCACUAGAGCACCAGCCAGGGUCCCCAGUCCACCCAAGAGAGGCCCCCGUUUACAGCCAUCCCCCUGUUACAACACUUGCUUUCAUUUUUGUCUUUGUAUCAUUGUCCCCCCCCCCAAAAAAAAAAAACCCAAAAAUAUGAAAUACUGAGUGCAGAAGAAAAGGAAACUUUGUUUCCUGUGUCCCUGUCUACACCAGAGGUCUUGUGGAUUAUGACACUGGGAGGGAGGCAGACAGGAGAGCACGUGGGGCCCAAACCCGUCCAGUGAACAGCUACCGCCCACAGCCCAGCCCACAUGCGAGUUUGCAGUGUUCCCCUGGGAGUCUCCGGCUGGCACCGCAGCUCUGUCCUCGGGUGAGUGGGGCUGAGGACAAGUACACAGUGGACAGAGUUGGGGGUGCGCUGGGGGCUCCCACAGUUACUGGAGGAAGCCAAGAAUAGAAGAAGAAGUAUGUCUGGAUUGGAUCAAAGUUGCCAAACAUAAAAAACACGACUUAUCAAACUUUCUGACAUGUAUUCGGAAUCACUUUGCAGCUCUCGUGUUUAGGGAAUUCUCUCUAUCAUGGAAGGCAAGUUGUUGGGGGAAAAGGAAAGAAUGUACCUGUGAGAAUUACUAAUUGGGAGUGUAGGUUAAAUCAUUUGUUUAAAAUUAUCUAGCCUUGACACAGUGGCUCACACAUAUAAUCCUGACUACUCAGGAGGCUAAAAUCUGAGGAUCACAGUUUGAAGCCAGCCUACAUAGGGAGGUCCAUGAAACGCUUAUCUCUGAUUACCCACCAAAAAGCUAGAAGUGGAGUUGUGGCUCAAGUGGCAAGGCACCAGCAGAAAAAGCUAAGGGUCCAGGCCCUAAGUUCAAGCCAGGGUACUAAGUGGGCAGUACACUGCAUGCACACUCACACACACACACACACAGAGUUUAUUGUAGGUGAACAAAUUUAGCAACAUAAACUGACUGACUAAAACAGCCUGAUCUCCAGGCUAAAGUUUAUCUAACUCAAUCUAGGCACUCUGGGGAGAAUUCUUACUACAUAGCCUUGCUGGUGCACAGGCUUGAAAACAUAGUUGGCAGUCAUUUAAAGCAUACCCUCCACUCUUUUUACUGAAAGAAACCAUGUUUUUGUUGUUAGUAGCCAUCCUAUAUAGCAGACUUAAUCAUGUCUUUUUUAGAAAUGCAAAUCAUCUUCAAGGGAAGGAACCCUUGAAAAAGUUCUUUCUCUGCUCAAACUCUCACGAGCAAGAAUUUUUAUUUAUGAUAGCGGAAUCAAACGUUCAUAUUAAGCAGUUACUGAGCCUAAAACCUUAAUUCUCUUUUCUACAUGAUCCACAACUUAUAUACAAUUUUUGUUCUAAAGGUAUAAAUAGAUAUGACACUACUUUGAACCCAAAGCAGCCUGGUAACUGACCACGCACAGUCUUCCAAGGCUGCGGCUUCUAUGAGAUGGCAGAGGUAACUUGCAAAGCACCAUUCAUCCUGCAGAGGAGGCUCCUGUGAACAAGUUUAUUUAAUGUGGAGUGAAGUGAAUGAAGGUCAGCUGUUUUCAGCUUCUUAGUUUGCCAUGGAAAUGUUUAUAGAAUUAUGUGUAGUUGUACCGUACGAUUUUAUUUUCUUCAUUUAUUUAUUUACGGUCUUAUUUAUGUUCUGUUUAAUAUAUAGUUUGGUUCUGGCCAUUUUAAAUGUUGGACAUAGAAGAGGCUAUAUUGGAGUAUUUACAGCUUUAUAAGUCGUCAUCAGAUUAACUGUUAACUUUUUGGAAUACAAAAAGUUUCAGACAAGUAUUAAAGAAUAAAAAUCUGUUUCAGGCUGGUAGUUAACAGUGGUGACCAAGAGGCUUUUGGUUUUAUUUUACAAAACUUGCUCAGUUCACAUGAGAAGCAAACCUAUUUUAGUGUAAUUCUUUUCCCACACUGAAAAUCAGCAAUAGUAUAAUGUGUUUAUAGGCAGCUUUUAAUAAUCCUGUCAUAUUUGUACUAACCCAAAUGAUUCACAGUGAACAAAACAUAUUACUAACUUCAACACAAAUCCAUAAGGAAAAAUAUGAAUUUUAAUAUUAUGAAUACUAUUUUUAAAAAGUAGAAUUUAUUCCGCACAGGGUAAAAAGAAUUUAAUGUUUAGUUCUCAAGUUUGAAUUAUCAGUUUGUUAUUAGAAUUUUUGUAUAUCGGAAUCUUAAGUGUUACAGGUACAAAACAACGAAUAUUACUAGCCAAAUGAGCAAAGUUUAGUUGAAUCUCUGUAGCAUACAAAUCAAAAAAUAAAUUUAAAUUUUUUUUACUAUGGGUUUA